UCUCUUCUCCGCGUUUCUCUUCUUUCUUUCCCCACACACACACAGUCAGUCCCUUUUACUCCUCCUUCUCCUCCUUCCCCAAAGUAAGUGCCCUCGAGCAAGAGGCGCAGCAGAACAGAGGCGAAGAGAGAUGGGCGACCGGGCGUACGGUCCGUCGUCGAAGCCGGUCCCCGUGGCGGCGCCACGGAGCGCGAACGGGUCGGCUAACGGCAGCGGCGGAGGAGGGCAGCCCCGGCCGCCGCCCAUGGUCCCCGGGCGCGUCCCGCCCCCGCCGAUGUACCGUCCGAAGCCGAUGGCGCCCCCGCCGCGUCGGCGUCGGAGCGGGCGCGGGUGGUGCUGCGUGUGCUGCCUGUGGCUGACGCUGGUGCUGGUGGGUCUGGUGUUCCUGGCGGCCAUCGCGCUGGGCGUCUUCUACGUGAUAUACCACCCGCAGCUCCCCACCUUCGCGGUGACGUCGCUGCGUCUGGCGGCGCUGAACGUGUCGGACUCGGACGCGGUGAGCUCCCGCAUCGAGUUCACGGUGACGGCGCGCAACGCGAACGAGAAGAUGGCGUUCGCGUACGGCGACAUCGCGGCGGCGUUCUCGGCGGACGGCACGGACGUCGGGGACGGGUCGGUGCCCGGGUUCGUGCACCCGCCGGGGAACACGACGGUGAUCAAGGGGUCGGCGUCGGCGGCGGACGUGACGGUGGAUCCCUUGGUGGCGGAGAAGCUCAGAUCCAAGAAGAACCACGCCAUGUCGGUGGAGCUGGACUCCAAGGUCGGGUUCCAGAUCGGGCGGUUCAAGUCGAAGCGGCUGAACGUGCGCGUGCUGUGCGGCGGGUUCACGGCGGGGCUGGCCAAGGCGGCCGCGCCCUCCCCGGCGCCCAUCAUCGUGGCCGCCGCGCCCGCGCCCGUCCGGUCGAAGGUCAGGCUGUCUUCGUCUUCGUCGUCUUCCGGCGGGGCGACGACGACGGACGUGAAGUGUAAGCUCCGCGUCAAGAUCUGGAUUUGGUCGUUUUGAUGGAUGCGUUUGUGGGUAGAGAGAGACAGAGAGGGAUGGGGAGAUUUUUUUUGCUUGGGUUAACCUCUUCUUUUUCACACUGUAUGUGGAUUUAUUGGAGUAUAGUCUAUAUGAUGA